AUGUAUUUUUCAGAACGCUGUAAAUGUAAACCUAUUAGAGCCACACAGAAGACCUAUUUCCGGAACAAUUACAACUAUGUAAUUCGGGCUAAGAUUAAAGAGGUAAAGACUAAGUGCCAUGAUGUGACUGCAGUCGUGGAGGUGAAGGAGAUUCUCAAGGCAUCUCUGGUGAACAUUCCAAGGGAUACCGUCAACCUCUACACUAGCUCUGGCUGCCUGUGUCCCCCACUUAAUGUCAAUGAGGAAUAUAUCAUCAUGGGCUAUGAAGAUGAGGAGCGUUCCAGAUUACUCUUGGUAGAAGGCUCGAUAGCUGAGAAAUGGAAGGAUCGGCUUGGUAAAAAAGUUAAGCGCUGGGAUAUGAAGCUCCGGCAUCUUGGACUGGGUAAAAGUGACUCUAGUAUUAGUGAUUCCGCGCAAAGUCAGAAGUCUGGCAGGAACUCAAACCCCCGGCAAGCACGCAACUAAAUCCUGAAAUGCAAAAAGUAACACCAGUGGACUUCCUAUUAAGACUUGCAUUCUUGGACUAGCACAGGAAAAUUGCACUAUUGCACAUCAUAUUCUAUUGUUUACUACAAAAAUCAUAUGGUAACUAAUAUUACUUCUAUUUUCUCUUUUGUUUCCUGUUUUUUCUCUUCACUCCCACCCCUCCCCCCUUUUUAAUGGUUUGGGGGCAGAUCCUUAAAUAUAUUAUAUGACUUCUAUUUCACUAAUCAUAGGAAAACAAUUCUUUUGCAAUAAUAAUAAAUUAAACACGUUGAUACCAGGACCUCUUAGCUAGAGUUCCCAGAUGUUAAUUUACUGUUCUGCACUUGAAUUGGGAAUACAAUAUUGGAUGCGAAAGAGGGAUUUCUGGUAUACACAGAAAACUAGAUAUGCUUGUAAAACAAACACUGCUGAUCUAAUUACAGCCUCAUUUUUGUAUGCCUUUUGGGCAUUCUCCUCGCGCUUAGAAAGUUCUGAAUGUUCAUAAAGGUACAAUGACAGUUUGAAAUCAGAUGCCACAUAGGCAAAGCAAUCAGGCACCAGGAAGCAUUUAUGAGGAAACAACACACAAGACAAAUUAUUUUUGAGAUUGGCAGGAAGCAAAAUAAAUAGUGGUAGGAGCUGGGAAAGAACAUUUUGCCUGAUUGAGAAGUACAUCUGAAACCAGUAGCCGUUGGGUGUUAACAGUAGCAUUCUUUUGGCAAUACAUUUGAUUUGUUCAUGAAUAUAUUAAUCAGCAUUAGGAAAGUGAAUUAUAACUAGACAUCUGCUGUUAUCACCAUAGUUCUGUUUAAUUUGCUUCCUUUUAAAUAAACGUAUUGGUGGAAGCCU